AGACGUGAAAAUCCCACUAUACCCUCAUUUUAACGAUGGAAUCAUUGACUGGUGAACUGUGCGCAGCAUUGCGCUCAAAAAUCCUCUUUUUCCCACUCUUUGUCGAAAUAAAUUUUGCCUUCCCGGUUAAUACUGUGAUUUUCUUCGCGAAUCGGCGCACUGGCUACAUCAAUGGAGGAAUCAAAAGAAGCUCAGGCUCCACCUCAAGUCUCCAAUCCCCCAAGCACUGCUCCAACUCUGCCUCCCCAGCCUCCUCCCGCUUACGCUGCCCUUCCACCCAAGAGCAAGAAGAGACCUCUCGAAAGCGACGCCCACUUGCAAAAUUCCCGUUUAUUUAAGAUUCGAGCUAUUAUCAGAGAUCUUCGUCCCCGUUUUAUCGAGGUACUCCGAACAUCUGACUUCCAAAACUGCCAAGCAUCUAAUGAAAUUCGUGAACAGUUGAAGACACUGGUUGAGUUAUGCAAACAGAAUGUGCAGGAAAGCAAGCCUUCAUCUUGCGAGAACUUUGAAGGCAAAACACCAUUGCCUGGAAGGCCAUCUGAAACUAAGAUUCCACCAUCAGUUGCCCUUGAAAAACAGCAGGCAGAAGAUGGACAGCCGCAGGGGACAUAUAUUGUUGGAGGGUCUGCUUUUGGCUGGAACUUUAUCACCUAUUCAGGCAAGGAAGCUGUCUAUUAUGGUUUGACAAAGGAACAAUUUCGAGCUAAGUACCCAGUGCCAUGUCUCGUCUCAGACUAACAAGAAAUUUUAACCCGCGCAAUCUAUACCACUGAUUUCUGACACCAAUUCAUUGCUUUAGUAGGUAUGAUUACCGGUAAAUUUUAUCAUGGAAGAGUUAUACACUUCUGGAUAUUGUAUGUUGUUCCUGGAUGACCAUUUUUUAAAACUAAAUGCGUUCAACAGCCAUCAACUAUGAUUCUUGUAGUUUCAAUUUUUUAGCAGCUAGUUUUCAAAUUUCAUUAUGUGGUGAGCAGGCCAUGCUUUCUAAAUUGUCAACAAUCUAUGAUUGAUAACUUGUAGCGUGUGAAAGGAAUUUCUUUAUAUCGGAAAUUUAAAUAGACAGGCUGAUCCUUUUGAUUACA